AUGUCGGACGACUCACAGGUCUUCUGGGUCCUGACUACCGUAGACAUUAAUCCCAACAAAAUCCCAGAGGCUCUCGAGUGUUUCAACGAAGUGAUUCAGAGCACCAAGGAAAACGAGCCCGAUUGCCUCAUUUAUAGAUAUUACAGGUCCGAAGUGGGCGAGGGCAACACUUUCUAUUGGAUCGGCAAAUACAAAAACCGCGCCGCUUACCUUCACCAUCGAGAAUUGCCGCAUCUUCUUGCUUGGGUAAAGAAGUGGCCCAAUAGAGAAGAGCGACACUCUGACAUCUUCACCUCGCGAUGGGUUUUCCAUAACAUGAGCCCCGAACUUGGCGCCAUCGGCUGGGAGCGUUAAAAUGGUUUUUGAGGACACAUGUAUGAUAAUGCCGCAUAGCUUUACACUUUUCAGGUCAGUCCUAGAUAGAUACGUAUUCACAUGUGCCUGGCCUCGGCCCUC